CAUGGGCGGCCGUCAAGGACAUCCCACCCAGCCCACCCACAUUUCCUCACUCCCGAUGUGUAUGGUCCGGGGCAACCCCGAAUCAGUCUCAGACCAGGUUCCCUCUCUGUACCUGCUGGAGCUCGGCAUACCGUUAUGACGUAUGCCCAAGCAGAAGUCUGCUGUCGGUCUUUCGCCUUGUUUCGAGACUCAAUUUGAUUCUAUGUAAAUACUCUCACCCACCGUAGUGCGCUUCCCGCUAGCUCGUCUCCCAAUGCAUAGUUGAUCCAGUACACACAUCAUCCAUAAUUCAGCGACUCAAUUGAUUGAUUUUUCUUAUACAUAUCAACCCAAACAAUAUGUCGACGUCAAGAUCAGGCUCAAGGGCAGGCUCAAGGGCGCCAAACCGUCGCCAGCAAAACCGUCAGGCUUCGCGCAAGCCCGCGCCGGUGCCAGAAUCUGAUUAUUCCGACCUGUCUGAAGAAGAAGAGGCCCCGAAGCCCUCGCGCCGCCGCGGCCAGAAGACGAAGCAGCAGGACCAGCAGGGUGGACAAGGCGGUCCUCUCGGCGGCCUGGGCGGCGCACAAGAUUUGCUGCCCGUAGGUAACCCCGGUGAGACUGUAGGCAACUUGGCGGGUGGCGCAACAGGCGCUCUUAGCAAUGUAGCCGGUGGCGGUCUUCUGGGCGGUGGUCAACAAGGUGGUGGUGACAAGGGCAAGAGCGAUACUUUGAGGCUGAGGUUAGAUCUUAAUCUUGAGAUCGAGGUCACGCUAAAAGCAAGAAUUCAUGGUGACCUAGAAUUGGCCUUGCUGUGAGUAUUCCCUGUCUUUUCCUUACUUCCGUGUCCCCCCAGUCUCUCUGGUACCAAGGGGCCCCCC